GAUAAAACAUGUUUAUUCAUUCUAUGUUUUAACUGUUGAACAUGUUUAACGCGUUUAAUUUGGUGUGUUUUUGUCUUCUGGUGGGUGUUUUUGGUAAAACAGAAGUGAAGUUGGUGAUUGAGGGAGAUUCUGUUACUCUACACACUGAUCUUACUGAAAUACAGAGAGAUAAAGAGAUUGAGUGGUGGUUUAAAAACACCUGCAUCGCCAAAAUCAAGAGGUCAGAAGAUAUUAAUCCUAUAUAUGAUGAAAAUGAUAAGACUCAGAGAUUAAGACUAAAGCUGAACAAUCAGACUGGAGAUCUCACCAUCACAGACAUCAGAAGUGAAGACUCUGGACUUUAUCGUCUAAAUAUUUUUAUAGGAAAUAAUCAAAAAGUCAAAGAUUUCAGUCUCACAGCUUAUGCUCCAUUGGUGAACCCUGUUAUUACCAACGACUUAUCACAGUGUUCAAUUUCCCAUUGUGCCUUAUUGUGUUCAGUGUUGAAUGUGAGAGAUGUGAGUCUGUCCUGGUACAAAGGAAACAGUUUAUUGUCCAGCAUCAAUGUGUCUGAUUUCAAGAUCAGUCUUUCUCUACCUCUGGAGGUGGAAACACAAGAUAACAACACAUACAGCUGUGUACUCAACAAUCCCAUCACAAACCGAACUCAACAUCUCAACAUCAAGGAUAUUUGUUGGCUGUGUUCAGAUGUUGUCAUAGUGCUGAGGCUCCAAUUGGCUGUCCUUGCUGCAACAGGCAUGGCUGCUCUGGCUGCUGUGAUUGUUCUUGGUUAUGACAUCAAAUCCAGAAGAGCUGAACAGAAGAGAAAACAAACACCAACUACAUCUAUAGAAUUAGAUUCCUAAAUAACAGUUAACUUUAUUCAUGUUUAUUAGCUUUCUUCUGUUUUGAGAGUUUUCAGUUUUAAUUUUUAGUUUUUUAAAUAUGGGAUUAGUUAUUACAAAGGCGCUCUCUGUUUAUAUUUCACGGAGCUACUUUCAUGCCUCCGAAGUCAUUACCUCAUAAGAAAGUGAGGCAACAAGUCAGCUACCCUAUGCCCAUGCCCGACAAGGUGACUCAGGAGCGGACGCCGGAUCGGGACAGGGCCGCCCUCCCUCCGGGAAGUGGGGGACCUCCAGGGCCCACGACCCAGCCUACCCAGCCCGACGAGGUGACUCAGGAGCGGACGCCGGGUCGGGACAAGGCCGCCCUCCCUCCUGGAAGUCGGGGACCUCCAGGGCCCACGACCCUGCCUCCAAUGCCCGAGAG